AUGGCUCUCGAACGAAGAGAUCUGCUCUGCUUCACAGAUGGGAAUGAUGAGCAGCGAAAACGAUUUGCCAUGGACCUUGUCGAGGACUACAGGCGUACAGGAUUCGCGGUGCUGAUCAAUCAUGGCAUAAUCGAUGAAGAGAUAGUCCAAUUGUUCGAGCUGAGCAAGGCAUUCUUCGCGCUGCCAGAGGGAGUCAAGAACAGCAUCGCUCAUGUCGCUGGCCCUGAUCCGCAGCGAGGUUGGUCUCGAGUGGGAGCCGAAAACGCGGCAAGACUGUUUGCGAAAGAGUUCGGCAGCGGAGCUCUCAGCAAAAAUGCAUCAGACUGCAGGGAGCAUUUCGACAUGGGCGCGCCCAACGAUGCGAAGUUCCCGAAUCGGUGGCUCGAUCCAGGCUAUAUCGCCAACUUCCGACCAGUCAUGGAAGAGCACUUCGAGCGCUUCGCGGAGGUAACGAUAAAGGUCCUCGAAGCCCUGGAACUGGGGCUGGACGUUCCGUUCGGAUCGCUUUCACGUCGCCUGUACAAUACGGCGAGUGAAUUCCGCCUUUUGCAUUAUCCGGCAACGGACGUGGAGGUACUGAAGAACGGCUCGACGAAGCGGAUUUGGCCACACUUUGACUUGGGAGUGAUCACUCUGCUUUUCCAAGACAUGUGUGGCGGGCUGGAGAUCGAGGAUCGCGCGACGUCAAAUGCCUUUGUGCCUGUACUGCCAGAGACCUCGCGCGAGAUGGUGACCAACAUCAGCGAGACGCUUCAACGCUGGACCAACAACGAGCUAUCGGCAGGUCUGCACCAGGUCUCGAUCCCACCCCAUCUGAAAGAUGUGGAAGCUGGACGGGUUUCCGAUCGAUACUCGAUUGCAUUCUUCUGCAAGGCAGACCGAGAAUCAUCUGUGGGUCCUCUCCCACACUUCCUGUCUCCCAGCCGCCCCGCGCUGUACAAAGCGAUGAGUGCCAUCGAGUAUCACCAACAACGGCUCAAGGCUGCGUACGAAGACUGAGGACACGUCGCCACUUGGCCCAGCUGUCCAAUAGAUCCACCCGCGCAGUGAAGCUUCCAUCUCUUUGCUGCGCUCAUGGCCCUGCGAUCGUAUCCUGCAGUGCUUUCGUGGAAGGUUUCGGUUCUGUGAGUCGGG